GAGUGGGUUAGUACGUGAAGGGCUUCGUUCACUGAGCACAGCGUUCAUGAACACCUGUGCACCAGCUGGGCUUCCAUGUUUUACUCUUGUGUGUGGUUGAUUUUCACUUAUGAGAGAAAACCUGGUAGUUUCUCUGAUUUAUCUUCCCUGGAAUAAUGAUCUUCAUUUUAUUUUUUAAAGAUUGUUUUUAUUUGAAAGGCAAAGUUGAGAGGAGAGAUGGAAUCUUGAUCUGCUGCUUCAGCUAACUCCCCAAGGUGACUGCAAGAGCCGGUGUGGAGCCAGUCUGAAACCAAGAGCUUCUUCCAGAUCUUUGGCAAAGGUGGCAGGAGCUGACCAAGGCACAGAAAGCCCUGUGUGGCCCCCGCAGGUGGGACAAGUGGACCCCACCUACCUAACAGGAGCUGCCACCAGGAGCCAUCGUUGUCACGGGAGCCGUCACCAUGUCGACGAAGUUUGAGAUGACGAACCUGGACUUGAAGGAGGGCGCCUCCUUGAAGCUCAAGGGCAAGAUCCAUGAAAGCAGCGAUGGCUUCAUAAUUAACUUGGGCCAGGAGGCUGACACGCUGUGCAUGCAUUUCAACCCGCGCUUCAAGGAGUCCACCAUCGUAUGCAACUCCAAGGACGGUGGCAAAUGGGGAAAAGAGCAACGAGAAAGUCACCUGGGCUUCGGCCCUGGCUCGGAGGUCAAGUUCACAGUGACCUUUGAGGGCGACAAGUUCAAGGUGAAGCUGCCAGAUGGGCACGAGGUGAUGUUUCCCAACAGGCUGGGCCACAGCCAGCUGAACUACCUGGCCGUGCAUGGUGGGCUCCGUGUCUCUUCCAUCAAAUUUGAAUAAAAAAUGCCCUCUGUUCCCCAGGCUGGGUUCAGCCAAACCUGAACCUUCCAGGUCACUGCAGAGUCUGCACCCCCUGCACCCCCAUCCUCAAAGCCACAAACAAAUAAAGGAGCUCACUUGU